AAUCAGAGCAAGCGAGUAGCUUGCGAUAAAUUGUCUGUCUGACGAUACUCUCGUUGACUACAAAAGACUCCCAGCAUGCUGAUGGUGGGAGGCAAUGGACGGAUGCACUAGAAUGAGUGUGAAGGAGCUGUGUGAGACUGAUGACCUGGCCACCGGUUUGGUGCUGGACCCUCUGCUGGGCUUCAACACCCACAAAAUGAACAUCAGUCCCCAACCAGAGAUCCGGCGAUGGGGUAACCUUAAAGAGACUCUGUUGCGAUUUCAGCGUACGCACGACUUCAAUGCUACGUUUGAGGCGCUGACAGUAGGCGAACUGGCAGGGGACUACUUCAAUGCUUUGGGAAGCCAUCGACAGGAGCUGCUGAGACAACAUGUGUAUCGGUACCUCAGUGCCUUCCUGUUGGAUAGUGGUAUCAAAAUAGAGUCCUGUGACAGAUACACCUCAGAGACCAAUGGAGCAAAGAUAACCUCAACACGGCACUGGUUUGCAGGAGAGCGGGUGGAAGUCUUGCUGGGCUGCAUAGCAGAACUGAGCCCCUCUGACAGUGCUGUGCUGAGGGCGGGAGUCAAUGACUUCAGUGUGAUGUAUUCCACACGCAAGCGCUGCGCCCAGCUCUGGCUCGGGCCUGCAGCUUUCAUCAACCAUGACUGCAAACCAAACUGUAAGUUCGUCCCUGGUGAGAAGAACAUCGCUUGUGUUGAAGUGAUUCGACCAAUCUCACCUGGGGAGGAGAUCACGUGUUACUAUGGUGCCAGCUUUUUUGGCGAGGGCAAUGAAAUGUGUGAAUGCUGCACCUGUGAGAGGAAUGGAGAGGGUCACUUCAGACACAGAGGGAAGCAGCCUGAAUGUGAAGAAACAAAGGACCCUGUGGGCCAGAAGUACCGCUUGAGAGAGCGAUAUCUCCGCCAUCACAGAGAGAAGGGUCACUUUCCUACGAGGCCGAUAGUACCAGGAAUACACUCAGCCAUCCCCUCAAGGAAUUCCUUUACCCAGCAGAUGAGGAGAAAUGCCUUGAAGAACAGAAAACUGAAUCAAACAAAGAAGUGGAGACGAGUGAAGCACAGACGGUCAGGAAAGCACCCACUAAAAUCCUCCACAGUCAAACAACGUAGGACAGUCCCGCUUUUGUCCCAAGUUACACUGAGGGACGUCAGAAUCAGAGUACGGCGCCACUCACUGGAUUUCUUACUCAACUGUAAGGACCCUAAAAGCAAAGAAAGGGCCUUGCUGCAAGAACUAGAAAAUAACGGCAGCGAGGUUAACUUGAAGCCUUCCACACUAACUUCCUCCAUGUCGGUUCAUCAGAGGAGUAGACCCACAGUAAACAGUGCUGGUCUCAAUGGGAAGUCCGUCAGAGUGGCGGACAGGCAGGCAGUCCACACGAGGACCUCGUCAAGAACAAGGAGCAUGGCUCACACCAUGCUUGCACAGGAGACAGGGUCCACGAAGGAUACCUCCAAAGACAGAAACCCACCCAACCCCAGUUUCAGUUUUUCAGCUCUCAGCAACUCUGACUUUACUGCUAAGGAUCGAAACAUGAGUAAAAAUCUGGGAAUGAGGGUGUCCAGAGAAGACCUCAGAACUCAGUGUUUGUCUGUAGUCGGCAAGCCUCGGUUGUUUGGAGCAACAUCAUCUUCUGUUACAUCUCAAAAUCCUGUUACCUCAACCCAGCCCUCCAUCAACAUCAAGCCGAGCACCAGCCAGUCAAAAGCCCAGGCUAACCUAAGAACCCAGGGCCCCUUCCAUCGUAUGACCAUUCCUAAUAAAUCUCAGUCAUUUUCAAGUAGUAGUCAGCCAAACACAGUAAGAGGACUGUCCCAGAGUUCCAUGACAAAGUCCGUCCCAUCAUCUCAAAUGUCUAACAAAUUCCUCUCCCCACAGCUCUUCACUGUGAAAAAUCACAAUCCUCCAGACAAUCCAUUCAACUUCCACGAGAAAACCUCUACAGUUAUUCACAGGGUGCUUAAGUUCCAGGGGGGGAACCAGAGUCAAAACUUAUACAGCGCACCCUGUAAAGACACCACGGCUGCUGGCAGCCCGACUGUCGCAUCCAGAACACUCGGUACAAAAUCUGGUGCUACUGAGAAGACCCAGCAGAGUCUCAAACUGAAUAUAGACAGUCAUCAUAAAGCCAACAUGUCUGCUCAAGGCUUUGGAAAAGAUGUCAGCCAUCUUGGUUUGUCCAGCAACCCCAACAAGUCCAGCCCUCAUUUCAAUAAACUCAACUUCCCUCAGUCUUUUAGUAAAAAUAAAUUGUCAUCUGAUAAGCAUGAAAGUGGAGAAACCAACAUGACGUACAAAAACUUUUCUGCGCUGCCAAGACCCUUCUUCUUUCCUAGCAAAAUGUCUGACAGUUAUUCAACACCAGAAGACAGGAGUCUGAAACACGAUAAAUCCACUCCGUCGACCUCAGACAAACACCAGCCAUGUUACUCUCAGCAAGACCCUUUUGAUUUCAGCUUUGGCUCGUCUCUGUCCCCCAUUCCUCAGCACAACAGCCCCCAAGUGGUCCACAGUACACCUCCUGGUACGCCAGCACCAGCAAACAAGAACAUGUCCUCCUCAGCCUCUUUCCCCUAUGGCUGUCAAGGUCCUCCUUACGUACUAAACUUCAGUGGAGACCAUUCAUUGACCCUGGGUCUCAGGGAUGGGGCUGAUGGUUACCCAGGACUCAGCUCGACAAACUACACCUACCAUUGCCUGAUGGAGCCUUCAGGCACACAAGGGCGGCUGGUUCUCGAGCCCUGUGGGCCCCAGCUUUCAAACCAAGCGUCUUUUUCCUUGGGUGGAUUUUCAGGGCAGAGGGGUCAGGACGAACACUACAGGAAGGACAUGCAGCAACAGUGCCAGCCUGGGGAACACCAAGGUGCACCGCACUAUGGACCUGUUCCAACAUCUCACUCCAUGGGUGCCACAAAACCCAAGAGGGUGAGGUUAGUGGUGACAGACGGCACAGUAGACUUAGAUCUCCAGUACUCGGAUUGA